AUGGCUACACAGGUGUUGAUUGCCCAUACGGGCCAGCGGCUGGAGGUCGAUACAGCGCAGUUCUCCAGUCUUGACGACCUGAAGACGUGGGUGGCCCGGAAUAGCUCCCUCUCACCACAGCAUAUCAUUGCCUUGACACCCCAGGGCCGCAGCGUCAAGUUUGCGAGUCUUCACACAGAGGUAUGCGACGGCCGCUUGAAGCUUGUGCGAAAGAUGAGAACUGACUUCUCCCCCCCCCAGAAAGAGAUAUACAUCUACGAUAUCCGUGUCACGCACCCGACCUCUCCUGGCAGUGCGUCAUCGCUCAUCUCCGAGGCGCUGCCCCUUCGGCGUCAAUCCAUCCCCAACGCGCCAAACUCGAUCGAGAAUAUCCAGGCAAUCACAUCAUGGCAGGAACUUUGCAACGACCGCCGGAAUUGGGCUGCGCGGAUAAUGGAGGACUGCGCCCAAUUGAACGCUUACGCGCAGGCCCGAUAUGACGAGAUAGACGUCAUGAUCAGAUGCUUGGACGCCGCCGUCACCAAUGUCGAGAUAAGCGUCAAGCAGAUCGAGCCAAAGUAUAAUGAGCUUAAGAAAUGGGUUACGCCGGCCUUGGCCGAGUAUGAGCAGCUUGUUUCGUCUUGGGAGCAUUAUCUGGAUCUGGCCGGGAGCAUUACUAUAUCGCAAGGCUUGGUCAGAUUUAUGACUCGCGGACAAGUGAACAAGGCCGAUUCUUCGCUACAGGACUUGAUCGAACUUGAAACUGUCAAUAAGGCCGUCAAGCUGGCUCCCACAGCUCAGCGAAGAUUUACCCAGAAAGCCACCGAACUUGACAAUGCGGCCACUCAGAUGUAUCAAGCGCUUGGAACUCUCUCUGCUGAAUUUGAUCAACUGAUGAAUCGGUCUCUUUUGACCCAUAAUAAUGAUACUCCGCAACUCAUGGAGGACAUCGAGGUAGUGGCCAGACAGAUCGAUUCAGAUUACCAUACGGCACUAAGCUAUAGCAACUCGCAGCGAGAUCUGGCCCAGGCUUCGAAAACUGCAUCUAUUCACACCGAAAGACUCAUGCCCACUCUUAAAAAGCGAGCAAAGGAGAUGGAUGAGAUGGUUCAAUAUGCCACGCGAUCGCGAAAUAGCAUUGCUGCGGAUUCUGUUAGAUUUAUGCGAAGCAUUACCGAGAUCACUUCUCUGCACAGCAGCGUCAGGAAUCAGAUCAAUAUUCUAAACCAGUCCGAAGAUGAUAUGACAACGUUUGAUUACUUGCGGCUCAUUCAGCAACUGCCAUAUAUGUAUGCCUCAUUCAUGGUAGAGGCGAUCCGACGACGGGAGUGGAUUGACAAGGUGAAAGCCGACUCCUCGACUCUUGCCAACGAAAUGGCGCUGUUCCAAGACGAAGAGUCGAAGCGGCGAAAAAAGUGGCAAAAGAUGGUCGGAAGCACCUACGGACCUGGCCUUGACACCAAUGUCAUGGGGCUUGAGGUCAAUCUACGGGGAGAGGAUAUUCCCUGGCCUACUGUUGGGAAGAACGAGCUGGAAGAAUUUCUCCAGGUAUUGCAGGAGCGGAACGCGGACCCAGAGCUUGUUGACGAUGUCGCGAAACUCCUUCAAGAGCUCACCACCCCUACUAAGCAGCAAGCAAAGAGACUCAAAGCAUUUAAGAAUGGAAGCGUGCAUGAGGCGGCAUUAGGAAGAAGUGGACUCCUGAUCCGUGGGGACGAUGAUCUCAUUACUUCUCUGCAGGACGAAAAGACCAGGCUGGAGAACAAACUCAAGACCGCCGACAGCAGAGUGCGCCGCCUCGAAGAUCUUCUCCAUCGACAGAGCCAAGCCUCGCGUCCUGGGAACCUGUUCCCGCUACCAGGACAGCAAAAUGGGCAUUCGCGGCAUAAUUCCAUUUCGUCAAUCAAGUCGGCGCGUAUUGAAGACCGCCAACCAGUAUCAGACGGGACAGAACAGUUAUCACAACGGAUAGCGCAGUUGGAAAACGAGCUUCGUGCAGAAAAGAAGCGGUCAACAGAUAUCCAGAAAGAUCUCGACAGUCGCGUCACGGAACGAGAUGAUAUGAAAGAUAGGAUUGAAGAAGUCAACUCGACGAAAAAGGAUCUCCUUGAGAACAUGGAAGCACUGAAGCGAGAGUUUCUGGACGAAAGGAUCUCGCUAGAGACCGAAAUCAAAACGCUUAAAGCCCGUUUGGAGGAUACGGAGGAAGAGAUGGAUCAUUUUGGGGAGUCUCGGGAGAAUGAAAAGGCUGGUUUUGACGAGCGAAUCCAGGGUCUUGAGGCAGAGGUUGAGCAACUUAACAAGGAACGGAAGGACGAUGCACUCAAAUUCCAGGGGCAAGUUGAGUUCUUACGCAAGGAGACUCAGAUGCAACGAGAUCAGCUCGACGCCUCCGAACGAAGGUUACGCUCUGUUCGUGAGGAAGCCCGGGCUACUUCGAAGAAGCUCGAGGCUGCAGAAGAGAGCGCCGAGUCUCGCCUCGAGUGGCUGAAGAAGCUAUAUGCUGAGCUAUCAUCAGACAUCGCUAUGCCAACUGACGAGGCUGAUUUGGCCGAAGCUCUUCUAUCCAGUGCCGCCGAUCUUGUCGAGAAGUUGCGAAACUCUGGAAGCAAUGCCUCCAUUUUACGAUCUGAGCUUGAGAAGGCUACUACUUCAGUCAAGGAACUACGGUCAGAGCUGGUGCAGAUGGAGGAGAAAAUCUCAUCCCAGGAGAUGUCGGCCAUGCAUGUUCGAGAAAAUCUUGCCGAAGAAAAGGCAAAGGUAACUGCUUUAGAACGUGAAGUAACCGAGAGCAGAGAGGAAUUGAACCAACUUCGUGGCCAGCUGUCUGACGGCGAGACUGGAUCUGAGAUGCUGCGCAAAAGGCUUGAAAAGGAGGAGAAGAAGGUUGCAGAGCUUUCAGAAGAAGUCGCGUGGCGACAGUCUCAAGGUGGCAGCCUCGAAGAAGAGUCUCGUCUCUUCAAGCAGAGAUUUGAAGAUGUUCAAUCGAAGCUCUCUGGGCUUAAUGCCAAGUACGAAGCGCGCGAUGGACGAACCAAGGAUCUAACUCAGCGGCUCUACUCUCAGAAUGACCGCCUAACCAGAUUGCUCGAGCGUGUAGGAUACUCCAUCAGCCGUGAUGCCGGGCAGAUGGUGAUUACAAGGGUUUCUCGUUCCGAUAAGGCGCCCGCAAAUCCAAAUGAUUCUUCGGAUCCUGGAUCUUCUAUUCGCCGUUCACUUAGCUUGGGAGGUCGAGCCAUGACUGAUAGUGCCGAUUUAGAGCUUCUCUACUGGGUGAACAGCACCGACCUAUCGGUCGAAGACGAGAAAUACCAAGCCUUCAUUGAGAAGCUUGGCGCAUUCGACGCCGACUUGUUUUCCGACACCAUUUAUCACAGAGUCAAAGAGGCAGAGCACAAGGCUCGAAAGUGGCAGCGAGAAGCUCGAUCGUAUCGAGACCGAGCUCAUAGCUUGCAAAAGGAUUCUCAUAACAAGAUUGCGUUUAGAAAUUUCAAGGAGGGUGACUUGGCACUUUUCUUGCCAACACGGAACCAGCAAGCGGGAGCUUGGGCCGCCUUUAACGUGGGAUUCCCGCAUUAUUUCCUCCGCGAGCAAGAUGCUCAUCGGCUACGACAUCGGGAGUGGCUGGUUGCGCGAAUCUCCAAGAUCCAGGAGCGUGUUGUAGAUCUCUCCAAGAGUCUGCAGACGAACAACGAAACUGAUUCGAAUGACGAGGAGAAUGAUAACCCCUUCCAGUUGUCAGACGGCUUGCGAUGGUAUCUCAUCGAUGCUCAAGAAGACAAAGCAGGGGCGCCCGCAACACCUGGGAUGGGUAAAUCAACCGUUGCCGCCACUAAUGUUGAGGCCACGGCUGAUAUUCAAUCCCACGCAGCCAAGGGGAAAGGAAGAAGCCGGGACAGCAUAGCGAGCAUCGAAGGAAUCAACAAGACGCUCUCCAAGAGCUUGGAAAGCCGCCGGAGUAGCUCGGCGUCUAAGAAGGCCCUGCCAUUUCACAUCAGCGGUGGAACAGCUCUGUUGAAGAAUAGCGCGCUGGCGAGCGAGACCAACUCCCUGCGCGCUGCUGCGCCCGACACGCCAACUGCUCAAAGCCCGGUACAAGGCAGCGUUAUCAGCACGACCACUACUGAUGCGGGACAGCGAGGCGGCGAGUCAUUGGCGCAGGAUAAAUCGGGAAAGGCCUCCGAGGUACGAGCCGUUGAUUCUCUACUUGGGCCCUGA